GCGACGCGCUCGAGCUGACGGAGGCGGCGGCCGCGGCGGGGACGGCCCGGGCCGAAGGGCGGACGCGCGGCGACGUGCGGGGCCGGGGGGCGGGGGCCGCGCCGCGCUCGCGCCGGUGAAUGAAGGGCCCGCCCCGCGCUGCCCCGCAAGAUGGACGGGUUCGCCGGCAGCCUGGAUGACAGUGUCUCUGCAGCAAGCACCUCUGAUGUUCAGGAUCGCCUGUCAGCUCUUGAGUUACGAGUUCAGCAACAAGAAGAUGAAAUCACUGUGCUGAAGUCAGCUCUGGCCGAUGUGCUGAGACGUCUUGCAAUCACUGAAGACCAUGUAACCUCAAUGAGGAAAUCAGUGCCAAGCAAAGGUCAGCCAGGCCUUCGAGAAGCUAUUUCCAUGUCCUGUAUAACCAAUGGAAGUAGUGGUGCAAACAGAAAACAGAAUCAUACAAGCUCUGUCUCCAUUGCAAAAAAAGAAACUCUUUCAUCUGCUGCUAAAAGUGGUACAGAAAAAAAGAAAGAAAAACCACAUGGACAGAGAGAAAAAAAAGAGGAAUCUCAUUGUAAUGAUCAAAGUGCACAGAGUCGAGCACCACCUUCUCCCCAGCCCUCUCCACAGCCUCACCAAACACACAGACAGAUCCAAGAGAGCAAGAAUCCUACUCCCACCAAAAGCAUUAAACGACCAGCAGCGACUGAAAAGUUACAUAAUUCAUGGGAAAAUUCAGAUGAGAGUCGUAAUAAAUUAUUGAAGGCUGUUCCAACAUCAAAAUUAAUAUCUAAAAUUAUAAAAAACACAGACAAGCACAAAGAUGUCAUCGUCAACCAAGAGGGAGAGUAUGUUAAGAUGUUUAUGCGAGGUCGGCCCAUCACAAUGUUCAUCCCUUCGGACGUGGACAACUAUGACGACAUCAGGACUGAACUGCCUCCCGAGAAGCUCAAGCUGGAGUGGGUAUACGGUUAUCGAGGCAAAGACUGUCGCGCUAAUGUCUACCUUCUCCCCACCGGGGAGAUGGUGUACUUCAUAGCGUCGGUGGUAGUUCUCUUUGACUAUGAGGAGAGGACGCAGCGCCAUUACCUGGGCCACACGGACUGUGUGAAAUGCCUUGCUAUCCAUCCUGACAAAAUUAGGAUUGCCACAGGACAGAUAGCUGGAGUGGAUAAAGAUGGAAGGCCUUUGCAGCCCCACGUCAGAGUAUGGGAUUCAUUUAGUCUGUCCACACUGCAGAUUAUUGGACUUGGAACUUUUGAGCGUGGAGUAGGGUGCCUGGACUUUUCAAAAGCAGAUUCAGGUAUUCAUUUGUGUGUCAUUGAUGACUCCAAUGAACAUAUGCUCACUGUCUGGGACUGGCAGAGAAAAUCUAAAGCAGCAGAAAUAAAGACGACAAAUGAAGUUGUUCUGGCUGUGGAAUUCCACCCAACAGAUGCAAACACCAUAAUAACCUGUGGUAAAUCCCAUAUAUUUUUCUGGACCUGGAGUGGCAAUUCACUAACAAGAAAACAGGGAAUUUUUGGGAAAUACGAAAAGCCCAAAUUCGUGCAGUGCAUGGCGUUCCUGGGGAACGGAGACGUGCUCACCGGAGACUCGGGCGGCGUCAUUCUCAUAUGGAGCAGGACGGCUGCUGAGCCCACGGCCGGGAAGGGGCCCAAAGGCGUCUACCAGAUCAGUAAGCAGAUCCGAGCCCACGACGGCAGCGUGUUCACGCUCUGUCAGUUGCGGACUGGGGCGUUGCUGACCGGAGGAGGGAAAGACCGGAAAAUCAUUCUGUGGGAUCACAACCUGAGCCCCGAAAGGGAGAUUGAGGUCCCUGACCAGUACGGAACCAUCAGAGCCGUGGCCGAGGGAAGGGCAGACCAGUUUUUAGUGGGCACAUCGCGGAACUUCAUCUUACGGGGCACCUUUAAUGACGGCUUCCAGAUAGAAGUGCAGGGCCACACAGAUGAACUUUGGGGUCUUGCCACACACCCUUUCAAAGAUUUGCUUCUGACAUGUGCUCAGGACAGACAGGUGUGCAUGUGGAACUCGGUGGAACACAGGCUGGAGUGGACUCGGCUUGUGGAUGAACCAGGACACUGUGCGGAUUUUCACCCCAGUGGCUCAGUGGUGGCCAUAGGAACGCACUCGGGCAGGUGGUUCGUCCUGGACGCGGACACGAGAGACCUGGUGUCCAUCCACACGGAUGGCAACGAGCAGCUGUCUGUGGUGCGCUACUCCGCGGACGGCACCCUCCUGGCCGUGGGGUCGCACGACAACUUUAUUUACCUCUAUGCAGUCUCAGAAAACGGAAGAAAGUACAGCAGAUACGGGAAGUGCUCUGGCCAUUCCAGCUACAUCACACACCUGGACUGGUCCCCAGACAACCAGUACAUCAUGUCCAACUCGGGAGACUACGAGAUCCUGUACUGGGACAUCACUCACGGCUGCAAGCUCAUAAGGAACCGCUCCGACUGCAAGGACAUUGACUGGACCACGUACACCUGCGUGCUGGGCUUCCAGGUCUUUGGGGUCUGGCCAGAAGGGUCGGACGGGACCGACAUCAACGCGCUGGUGCGCUCCCACAACAGGAAGGUCAUCGCUGUGGCCGACGACUUCUGCAAGGUCCACCUGUUCCAGUACCCCUGCUCCAAGGCCAAGGCGCCCAGUCACAAGUACAGCGCUCACAGCAGCCACGUGACCAACGUCAGCUUCACACACGAUGACGGCCACCUCAUCUCCACCGGUGGGAAGGACAUGAGCAUCAUCCAGUGGCGGCUGGUGGAGAAGAUGUCCCUGCCGCCCGGCGAGCCCGUCUCCACAGACCCUCCUCCCGCCAGAGCCCCCGAGAGCGAGAGCCCCCCGCUGCCCCCCGCACCCCUGACUGAGGCCACGGAGCCGCCCCGCAGCACCCUUGCCCCCCUGGAGAACAGCCUGGAGCAGCCCGCAGGGCCUGGCGAAGCCCCCAGUGAGGGGCAGAGCGAAGAGGGCAGCGAGGACCUGGUCGAGGAGGCCGUGUGUGAAGAGGCGCUGGUGGCGGCCACUGCCAACCCAGACCCCGGGGAGCCGCACCCACUGCCCUGACCGCGCCGAGGCCAGGGACAGAGUUCGGAGAGCCGGGCCCAGGGGCUGUGCUAAGAAGUCGGCCCCGACCUGCUCUCUGAAGUGACCACUGAGGGUGGUGUGAAGACUGGAACGGGCACAGCUGCAUGACGUGAGGCACCUAGGAACAGCGAGCGGCAGCCCUGGGGCCCCCGGGUGCUCCCGCGUGCCGUGCACCAGCCCCUCCCGGGCCGCCGCCGUGGGACUGAGAACACGGUGGUUUGCCAGCCGCCCUGCUGUGGAGGAAACCGACACUCAGAUCACGGCCCGGGACGGGCCUGCGCUGCCAGGCUCCACAGCCAAGCGGACGGAAGGGGAAACCGCACGCCUUUAAACCAGACCGGCGGCUUUCUGCUCAGCCUUCACUGUGAUGUGUUCGCUCAGUAAUGAGAGAAAUACACAGUGAGUUCAAUGAUUAGAUCGGUGCUUGAAAUCUGUCCUUUGUAAUUUUUUUUUUUGUACAAAUUAUCUUGAGGGAUGAGAUAGAAAAUUGCAAGGCUUCUGUAGCCGUGUGAACAGCCCCAGAGACUGUCCCUACCAGACGUGCCAUCUACGCAUUGUCCGCUGGCCCCGCGGCCUCUGAGCCUCCGCCCCAGCACGGCCCCGAGCCACUGGUGGGGGCCGGCGUUGGAUUAUGCAUUGACUCGUUUAAGUUUUGUCCGACUCGUUUUUUUCUAUGUGUUUCCUACUUUAAAAAUUACUGAAAUAAGAAUUUCUUAUGUACUUGUUUAUACUUUGAUUAUAAAAAAAAAACUGUUUGCCUUAUUUUUUGACUUGCUGCAUUGUUUUGAUACCUUGUUUCCCAGGUUGAAUCAUUUUUAGAAACUUUGGAUGAGUUCAGAAGUCUUAAGUAUGCAAGAGUUUACGUGACUGUGUCAUUCCAAAGUGCAUCAGAACUGUCAUUCCUUCUAGUAUCUUCUCAGGAGUAAUACAAAUCAGGUAGUUCAUCAUCCUUUGGUAACCUACAGACUCCAGUGAGCCCCACGGAAACCCACGACAUCUGUACGUGAGGGUGGGGGUGUGCGAAGGGCGAGUGCAGACACUCAGUCUGUGUGUAUCUGAGUCCGAUACACACACUGAAAUACUCAGUGUCUCUGUGUAGAUAGAUGUCCGCGUAUAUCUUUCCUUUUGUUUACAGCUACUAAACAAAACCUCAAAGUAGUGCUCUUCCAAAGAGGCCGAGAUUCCAAGAACCCUGUUUUCAGAAUGUUCUGCACCCGAGCACCGGUGGGCAUAUGCUGCCCGCAAGUGUGGAGGGGCUGGGGCGCAGUCGCCCACCCGUGGGGUUGCUGCGACGCUCGGGUGGUCAUUCCCAAGGACACUGCUGACUUGCAGAAGGCGCCCAGUUCUGCACUGCAGCGGCGACUGUGAGUCCAUGAACCUGUGACCACAGUUGGGAAUGGGUGGAACUAAGAAAUGUCCGUGUCUUUAGAAAAACUUGUGAAUGAAAAUGAACCCAAGUGUUUCCAUGUGAGGAUGUUGAGCCAUUUCUAUUAUGCAUUCCUGUCUCAUGGCAGAAAACAUUGAUUAAAACACAACCAAAA